AUAUCCCCGUUAACUUGAUUCUUUAUUUUUUAGCUUCUCCUAGCAGAGUGGGAUCCCAGCGGGGAGAAUGGGAUGGAAACCCGCCGUGGAAGGAGGAGUCCGGGCGGGCUGCUUUGUGUCCGCGGCUGAGGACCCGACCGUUAGCCGUAGUGUUAAUGCGGGGUCGGUCCCCUCCUCCCCGCUGCCUCCCCACCUCCGUGUGAUCCGGUAUCAUAUGAUGUUCAUUUCAGUCUGCAGCCUGGGGCAGAUUGUGACAGCUUUCCGUCUCUCUUUGUGCCUUUGUGUGUCUCCCCCCUCUCCGGAAGGUGUGGCCGAGGUGAUUCGGAGUCGGUCGGACCUCGCAGCAGCAGCAGCAGCAGCAGCAGGCCGGUGUGAAGCGGACUCCCCCAGCACCUCCUUCCUUCUCAUCAGCUCUCUCUUUUCCUCCCGCUGAAAACAUUCCCGCGACUGGAAUUGUGUAGACAAAAGCGGAGGCUAGAGAUGGAUCAGCUACUGUGAGUGGAAGCGCCGGAGGAAGCGGCUGCGGUGGCGGCGGCCUUGUGCAGGUCUGUUCAUCCCGGGAAUGGUGUGAGCUGAGACGGGAAGGCAGUCUGGAUCUGACCGGGGACUCGUCGUUUCCCCGGAGCCUCCGCGGCUCCAAGCCGCGACCCGAGCCCUCCAAAAUGGGGAAGUGUGACGGCAGAUGCACGCUGUUGGUGAUCUGUUCACUGCAGCUGGUGGCGGCCCUUCAGAGGCAGGUGUUUGACUUUCUGGGCUACCAGUGGGCUCCCAUCCUGGCCAACUUCCUGCACAUUAUGGCCGUCAUCCUGGGCAUGUUUGGCACUGUGCAGUUUCGCUUCAGAUACCUCAUUUUUUAUGCAGUAUGGCUGGUCCUGUGGGUUGGAUGGAACUCCUUCAUUAUUUGUUUCUACCUGGAAGUGGGAAACCUGUCGCAGGAUAGGGACUUUCUCAUGACUUUCAACACGUCCCUCCAUCGUUCGUGGUGGAUGGAGCACGGGCCCGGCUGCCUCGUGACGCCAGUGCUGGACUCUCGGAUGGCCCCCGACGACCAUCACGUCAUCACGGUGUCGGGAUGUCUCCUCGACUACCAGUACAUCGAGGUGUUGAGUUCGGCCAUCCAGAUCCUUUUGGCUCUCUUCGGCUUCGUGUACGCCUGCUACGUGAGCAAAGUCUUCCAGGAUGACGAGGACAGCUUUGACUUUAUUGGUGGAUUCGACUCGUACGGCUACCAGCCACCCCAGAAGUCCUCUCAUCUGCAGCUACAGCCUCUUUACACGGCUGGUUAAGUGUCGGUAGCGCCCCCUUGAGGCCCAAGCCUGAAGUUGUCACUGUGGAUGGAAAGAAAGAAAGAAGCGGCAGGUCGCCCACCACCCCACCCCCGAUUACACUCACUCGUUUGUGUCGCAGUUUACCCGAGGAGCGGACCUUUGACCCCGGAGAGGAGAGACGGUGUGAGCAUGUUUGCGUGUGUGUGUUUUGUGUCCGAGGAAGGAAAACUGAAAUCAGCCCUGAAACGAACGUUGCAGAGCUCAGGGACAAACCAGCGGUUCCCGGUGCGGAGAGGAGCUGGAGGGAAUUCAGAGAAGAUUCACUCAAAACUGCCAGCUCUGAGCGCUUCCUCCCGAGUCGAAAUGUGUGUGUGUGUCUGUACAUGGGUGUGUGUGAUACGACUGCGCACCUCCGAGCUGGUGCUUCGUGUUUGUCCUCUGGACUCUACGACCACUUUACGCCUGUGUUUGUUUGAUUUCUUUGUUGGGGUGAAUGCUCCUGUGUGUGUGUGUGUGGGGUGAAUGCUCCUGUGUGUGUGUGUGUGUGUGUGUGUGUGUGUGUGUGUGUGUGUGUGUGGGUGGAUGUUUUUGGAGGGGGCGGAGCUGCUCGAUAGACCGAGGCACAGCUCGUACCUGUUGUCGUUUUAGAGUGUGACGUUAAAGCUAGAGCAGUCUUGCAGUUUCCUCCUCCCAAAGCCGUCUUUCUUUCCUCCCAUGCUGCUGCAACUGCACACCUCAGGCCCAUAGGAGAGGGCAUCGAAACCAUAACUCCUUAAAGGAUCAGCCUCGCAUAAAUCAGUGUUUGUUCUGGUACAGAAGAACUAAACAAACAAGCAAUCAGAGUGUUAAGUCUGUCGUGCAAUAAUCUCUCUCACACACACACACACACUCCGUGUGACUGGUGUUAUUUUGGACUGUAAUGCAGCUGUUGAACAGUAAUCCCUCCAUGCGAUGUCCUGAUAAAAGGUGCCAAUUUCUGUUUUUGUUUCCAGGAAUAUCUGUUGGGCAUGAGUUCAGAUGAGAUGGCUUUGGGAUGAGGCAUUAGUGUGUAUUUUUAUUUUUAUUUGUUGGGGUGGGAAGUAGUAGUGUGCAUGUAAAUAACCAGACGAUGAUUGUUUUGUUGGUUCUAUUUACAGAAGAAAAAAUAAGAGGGUCACAUCAUGGAGGGGGUGGGAGGGGUUACAGCAAAUUUGUUUUGUACCUGUUUCUCUUCUUCUCUCUUUUUGUAUAUAUCAUGUUGCCUUGUUUUAGCCAGUUUGCAGUAUUCCUCCUUGUUGUAUCAGGAAGACAUGGAGUCCGAGCAGCUCGUUCAUUGACUCUCAUCAGAACAGGGGGAGGGGGCGAAGGAGACUUUAGAGACUUUUCUUUUUUUUUCAAUAAUAAAUGUGUCAGAAAGUGAGAAUAAAGGAGACAGGUAUGAGGUGCAGACCUCGCCGGGUGUAAAGUAAAGUUUGAAAUAAUAAAAGUACACUUUCUACUUCAAAUGUGACUUCUGUCGUCAUCUGCAGACACGUUUGUCUCACAGAGUGUCUAAAGGUUGAAUAAACUUGAGUGCUGUCGCGA